ACGUGGGACGGGGUCCCAGCAUGGCGGCGGCGCUGGGGAAGGAGAAGGAGGAGGAGGCGAAGCGGCUCCUGAGCGAGGCCGAGAGGAAGGUCCGGGGGGCCUCCUCCUUCCUCGGGGGCCUCUUCGGGGGCUCUUCCCGGCUGGAGGAGGCCUGUGAGUGCUACGCCCGCGCCGCCAACAUGUUCAAGAUGGCCAAGAACUGGAGUGGAGCAGGGAAUGCUUUCUGCCAGGCCGCUCGGCUGCACCUGCAGCUGCAGAGCAAACACGACGCCGCCUCCGCCUUCGUGGACGCCGGGAACGCCUUCAAAAAGGCCGAUCCCCAGGAGGCGGUGACCUGCCUGCUCCGGGCCAUCGAGAUCUACACGGACAUGGGCCGCUUCACCGUCGCCGCCAAGCACCACGUGGCCAUCGCCGAGAUCUACGAGGGCGACCUCGUCGACGUCGAGAAGGCCAUCGCCCACUACGAGCAGGCGGCCGAUUAUUACAAAGGGGAGGAAUCCAACAGCUCAGCCAAUAAGUGCCUGCUGAAGGUGGCCACGUUCGCGGCGCAGCUCGAGCAGUUCCCACGAGCCAUCGACAUCUACGAGCAG